GUGACGUGUCGCGCUGACGGCGGCCUCGGAGCUGCGGGAGAAGCGGGGGGCUGUAGUAGCAUGACAAGAUCUGGCUGCAGACGUCCUGCUUCGUUUUUCAGCGGUGUGCCGCUCCGGAAUCAGCCCCCUAACCCCUCCUUCUCCGCUCGUCUCUGGCCCGCCCAAAUAACACCAAAUUCCCGACUGAAUCCUGCCCGAGUCUGGGGGAACUGGGCGGCCUGGGAAGCCGUGGAGCGGUCCGAGGCCAUCCCUGCAGCAUAAAUCUGCUCUCCAGUAACAAAUGCAGUGCGAGGACAAUGGAUGAGGAUGUCACCAGGCUGUCGAUACAUUCUGGAGAGCCUAAAAUAAUAAUACACGGAUCGGAUGACGGUGGAGCCGGCGGGCAGGAGUUUGUUGUCGAGCUUCAAGAAACUGUGUUGGUUUCAGAAGGAGAGGGUGAAGGCAUGGCAGUGCACAGGUUUGCCCCCGAUGAGCUGGUCAUCCAGGAUGCUGUUGAGGAUGUGGUGUCUGAAUAUGUGCACGGCGAUGAUGACGAUGAAGAUGUUGCUGUAGAAACCUGUGUGAUGGCUCUGGAGGGUGAGGAGGAAGGUGUUGCCAUGGGAGACAUCCCGGAAGAUGGACUGGAUCCAGAGCAGCAGGAUGAUGACCAAGACGGCUGUGGAGAUUAUCUAAUGAUAUCCUUGGAUGAAGCUGGUAAAAUGGUGUCUGAGGAUGGAACGGAGGUGACGGUGGAAGGAGCUGUGGAGGAUCAGGAGGUGGAGAAGGAUGAAGAUGGACAAGAGGUGAUAAAGGUCUACAUCUUCAAGGCUGAUUCUGGAGAGGAUGACAUGGGAGAAUCGGUCGACAUCAGUGAUGGAGACGCAGAGAGUGUCGCUCUAACAGAGUCUACAGGCCAAGCGCUCAGAGAGAAGAUGGUUUACAUGUCUGUCGGGGAUUCUCACCACAAUCAAGGAAACCACGGAGUAGACGAUGGCGAGGGUUGUGAAAACCGGAACGGGGCUGCCAGCGCUCUGCUGCACAUCGACGAGUCCGAUGGGGUGGAUGAAAUCAACAGGCAGCGCACCAAGAACAGGAGGCGGUCGGAGCAUCGACAGGUCCAGACAGCGAUCAUCAUCGGUCCGUACGGCCAGCCGCUGACCGUGUACCCUUGCAUGCUCUGUGGGAAGAAGUUCAAGUCGCGAGGUUUCCUAAAACGCCACACUAAGAAUCAUCACCAGGACGUCCUGACCAGGAAGAAGUACCAAUGCACAGACUGUGACUUCACCACCAACAAAAAAGCCAGCCUCCACAAUCACAUGGAAGUGCACGCGCUCAGCAGCAAGGCGCCGUUCGAGUGUGAAAUGUGCGGUAAGGAGUUCCACCAGCAGGGGGCGCUGUUCUCCCACAGACUGCAGCACCACCACCGGGAGCCCAAAAGCCAGCCGCCUCCUCCACCCAACAAGAUGCACAAAUGCAAGUUCUGUAACUAUGAAACUGCUGAGCAGGGUCUGCUCAACCGGCACUUAUUAGCUGUUCACAGCAAAAGCUUCCCUCACAUCUGCGUGGAGUGCGGGAAAGGUUUCCGGCAUCCGUCAGAGUUGAAGAAACACAUGCGCACGCACACGGGUGAAAAGCCGUACUCCUGCAUGUACUGCGACUACAAGUCGGCCGACUCCUCCAACCUCAAAACGCACAUCAAGACGAAGCAUAGCAAGGAGAUGCCGUACAAAUGUGAGCGCUGUUUCCAGACCUUCGCCGAGGAAGAGGAGCUAAUGCAGCACGGACUGACGCACGAGGAGAACAAGACGCACCAUUGUGACCACUGUGACCACAAAAGUUCCAACUCCAGUGACCUGAAACGCCACAUCAUAUCCGUUCACACCAAGGACUACCCGCACAAAUGUGCCGUGUGCGGAAAAGGUUUCCACCGGCCGUCUGAACUGAAGAAGCACUCGGUGGCGCACCGCACCAAGAAGCUCCACCAGUGCCGGCACUGCAACUUCAAAAUUGCAGACCCGUUUGUUCUCAGUCGCCACAUCUUGUCUGUCCACACAAAAGAGCAGCAGGCCUCGCCUGAAAAGACAGAGACUAAGAGGACAGAGACGCACGCUCCUGUUGUAGCUCCUAAAAAGGCUGCAGCGAGCGCGUCGAGCGGUGCCGCCGGUCCGCCGGCUAGAGUCAGCGCCGCCAGCUUAGCUAGCAGCGUGACUGUAGUUAUCGGCAAAGGACAGAAGGAGAGGAGAAUCUACCAGUGCCAGUACUGCGACUACAGCACGGGGGACGCUUCAGGUUUCAAACGACACGUCAUUUCUAUUCACACGAAAGACUACCCUCACCGCUGCGAGAUCUGUUCCAAAGGCUUCAGGCGGCCCUCGGAGAAGAACCAGCACAUCAUGCGCCACCACAAGGACGUGGUGCAGGUGGAGUGACUCUGACCGAGCCAGAAACUGUGCCACGCGGACGCCCGAGCGUCCCAUCGCACCCCAGCUGUUGCACUCUCAGCACAGAAGCCACUCGGUGUGUGCUGCCCUUCAGUCCUCUGUUGUUUUUGCUCUUUUUCAAUCCUCAACCGAAUGUUUGCUCACAAACGGAAUCACAUGUACAUAACAUUACCCCCCCCCCCACACACACACCCCGCCUCCACAGGCUUGUGCUUUUAACUGCAUGUCCCUUUGCAGGUGUCUGUGUGCAUGGCAGAUCUUGCAGGUGUCUUUUUGUAGAUUCGGCAGGUAGCAAUCAGUUCCCAAUCACAACGGCCCGGACUAUUUGUCUUCGAUUUGAAAUGUACUUUUCAAAAAGUUUUUCCAUCAUUUUGUUAAAAUGAUACCCAACAGAGGUAUGGAUUAGCAUCCUGUUUAAUAGCACUUGUAAAAUUGAUUUUAUAUGUGUGUGUGUGUGUGUGUGAGAGAGAGAGAG